CUCAACAAAUGUGGCCUGUCAUUGUGAACAUCUCACUUUCAAACAGUGAGGUUUGUCGACUUCUGCGUAGUGGGAAAAAUAACAAAGUUAGAUUAAGCGAAAACACAGGAGAGGACGUCAUCAUUUUCCCUCUUUCUUCGGUUGCUUUCUUCUUACUCAAUUCGGGCAAAAUUAUUGACAGCACAGAUGGAUUCAAGACUAUUAACGCAAACUUGGUUGAAAGGUUAGAGAAGUUCAACCAAAUUCACAGACAUGGAUACGUAAUAAUAUCGUUAAAUACGCAGCCAGUUCAACAAUUUGAGUUACUUAUUUUGCUUCAAGAAAGGUUUUCAAAAGUGCAUUUAAACUUCAUCCCAGUUUCAAGCUCUAUAGAAAGUGUGCAAUGCAUGGAUAAUAUAGCCAAGGUAACCUGCAAGCCACUCAUUGAUGUAAUUAAAGAAAGACUACAAAAACUUCAAUCAUCAGCAAUAAGUGAGAGCGUCAUUCUUCAGAUUUUGUCCAGUCUGGGUUUAAACAUGCAYGAUUGCUCAGUUCUUCAUGAUGGGUGCCAGUCCAUUGCAAACAUAGCAAUGGCUACUGAGGAAGAACUUAUGGACUACAGUUUGGAUCAUGAAACAGCCAARAAAAUUGUUUCCUUCUUUCAAAAUGACAAGCAAGAAUGAAACCAUUGUGAAAUAAUAUCCCAGUUUGAAAAUUUCUUUUCCACAGCAUAGCUUCGUAUCACACAUAAAAUCAUAUAUUGUCUUCUUUGCACAUAGAGUU